AUGGCCAUGUCGCAGCAUACAACCAACCAGGGACACGGUGCUCUCACGGCGAGACUUGUCGCGGCCGUCAUAGAAGAGAUGUUUGCCUGCCUCUCGCAGUGGCAGAUGCUCGUCGUUGCCAAGGAUGAAGAAAUCCACGCCCUGAGGGCCCAACUCGACGGCAUCCAAAGCACGAACGAGCAGCAGAGCCAGACGCUCAAUCACCAGACGGUCUACAUACGAGGCUUGGAGUACGAUCUAGCGCGGUCCCGCGCGGCGCCGCGACCGUCCUCGGUGGCCAGCUUUGACUCGUACUUGCUGCUGGCCUCGGACCCGCUCGGCUCCGUCGACGAGCCCCGCUCGCUUUCGCCGGGGCAGACAUUCAAACAGGGGUCCCAUGGCGACAUUCUUCAGCACUCCGAAGGAGCGAUGACUGUGCCGUGCUCGCUGGAAGGUCUUGAGCCGAUCCCGUUCGAGGGCCUUGCUCCGCUCUUGGCACUAGCAGAGACCGCGGCAAGCAGCGCGACUGGUGGCCCAAUAGCGGCAGGGAUCAGUGCGGCGCCAGAAAGCGCCGAAGCCACCCGAAAGCGGAAGGCAGUUGACGUCGCCGGGGUCGCAAAAAAAGCGCGGUCGCCGUAA